AUGCGCUUCCAAGCUUCUUUCGCGGCCCUUUUGGCUGCUGCCGCUACGGCUUCCGCUCAAUCCGUCGCUGGAAAGGCGUACGGUUUCGCUGCUGGUGUUACCGGUGGUUCGGGCGAGGCUGUCACCCCUGCCACUGCUGAGGAACUCGCUGAGCUUCUUGCUGAUGACACUCCUCGCGUUAUCUACAUUGAUAAGGAGUUCGAUUUUACUGGUCAGACCAAGACUGGUCCCGGUUGCGAUCGCAAGAGCUGCAGCGCUUCCAACGGUGGUCAGCUCUACCUCGGAGAUCUUUCUUGCGGUGGCGAGGACAACGUUGCCGUUGAUUCCAUUACUUAUGAUGCUGCUGGUCCUGAGCCUCUGGCUGUUGGUAGCAACAAGAGUAUCAUUGGUAACGGCAAGGCUGUCCUGAAUGGCAAGGGUCUUGAACUCAAGAAGGGCGCCAGCAACGUUAUCAUCCAGGGCAUCGAGAUCACCAAUCUUAACCCUGGAAUCGUCUGGGGAGGUGAUGGAAUUGGAAUUCUCGGAGAGAACGAUGGUGUCUGGAUCGAUCACUGCAAGUUCUCCAAGAUUGGCCGCAUGUUCAUCGUCAGCCACUACGACGGUGCGCGCAUCACCAUCUCCAACUCCGAGUUCGACGGUGUUACUGACACCUCCGCUUCUUGCAACGGCAACCACUACUGGACCAUGAUGUUCUACGGCAAGGGCGAUCAGGUUACUCUGGACCGAAACCACUUCCACGACGUUGCCGGCCGAGCCCCCAAGCUCGGUGAGCCCGGUACCAACCUCUACGUCCACGCCACCAACAACUACUUCCAGAACAUGAAGGGCCACGCUUUCGACGCUUACUCUGGCGCCAACGCCAUUAUUGAGGGUAACGUCUUCGAUGGCGUCGACCAGCCUCUUACCAAGGAGGCCGCUGGUGUCAACACUCUCUUCGUUCCUGAUGCCGCCGCUGCUGCUGCUUGCCAGGCCGCCCUUGGCCGUGCUUGUGAGCCUAACUCUGCUACUUCCAGCGGUGACCUCCCCGUCAUGAAGGGUGAAAGCGGUCUUAACGCUGUUGCUCAGAACAGCAAGGAUAACAUUAUCACUCCUGUUUCUGCCAGCGAGGUUGUCGGUCUUGUCGUUGGAAAGGCUGGACCCGCUGGUGUUGGCUCUGGUUCCGCCCCUGCCUCUGGUUCUGGAUCUGAGAGCCCUGCUGAGUCCGCUCCUGUUGCUUCUGAGACUACUUCUGAGACUACUUCUGAGUCUGCUCCCACUCAACAGGCUCCCGCUCAGGACGACUACGAGCAGGCUGCUCCUAGCGCUGCCCCUCAGAACGAUUAUGACCAGUCUGCUCCUGCUGCUCCUAAGAACGACUACGAUCAAUCUACCCCCAUUGCUGCUGAGCAGGAUGAUUGCGAAGAGGAGACCGCUUCCGCCCCUGCUGCUCAGGAGACUCAGACCACUCCCGUUGCUGAUGACUGCGACGGCGAGUCUGACUACGAGUCCGAGUCCCCCGCCGUUACCCAGGCUGCUGCUGAGAGCAACACUGAGGGCGAUUGUGACGAGGAGUCUGAUUACGAGUCUGCCCCUGCUCCCCAGGAGACUGCCGCCGAAGAUGACUGCGAGGAGGAGUCUGAGGCCAAGCCCGAAGCCCCCAAGGAGACUGCUGCUGAGGCUGACUGUGACGAGGAGAGCGACUAUGACUCCGAGUACGCCGCCCCUUCAGUUGUCGCCCGAGCUGUCAAUGCUCAGGCCGAUUGCGAUGACGAGUCUGAUUACGACUCUAAGCCCAAAGAGACCGCUGCUGCUCCUGCUCCUCAAGCUGACUGUGACGAAGAGUCUGACUAUGAUUCUAAGCCCGCUGCCCCUAAGGAGACUGCUGCUUCUGCUCCUUCUACUCCCUCAGCUCAAGCUGAUUGCGAGGAGGAGCCCGACUACGACUCCAAACCUGCUACCCCUAAGGAGACUGCUCCCUCUGCUCCCUCUGCUCAGGCUGACUGCGACGAGGAGUCCGACUACGACUCCAAGCCUGAAGCUCCUAAGCAAACCCAGGCCGCUCCCCCCGUCGCUGACUGCGAUGACGAGGAGCCCACUGCCAAGGCUGAGCCCGCUCCCCAGAAGGACUGUGACGACGAGGAGGAGGGUGUCCAGGCCGCUGCCAAGGACACUCCUGCAAAGGAGACCCCCAAGAAGGAGGAGGCCUCUGGUUCUUCCACUGUCCAGAUGUACGGCCAGUGCGGCGGUGCCAACUUCUCCGGCUCCACCAAGUGUGCUGCUGGAAGCACUUGCAAGAAGGUCAACGAUUACUACUCUCAGUGUCUUGGAAACAGCCGUGUUCGUCGCUACAUGCACACUUACGUCGAGAACGAGACUCAGCCUUAA